AUGCCACCGGCGAUGCCGCAAACGCCCCACAAGGAUGACCUCGAUGAUACGUGGUCGUUCUUGGAGGGGGGUAUCAACGACGUGAUGAUCAAGCUAGAUGAUGGCGUUGACAUGAAGACUUACAUGGCCCUCUACACAGCCGUCCAUAAUUUUUGCACUUCCCAAAAAGCCGUCACCAGCGGCCAAGGCCUACAUGCGCACCGCGGAGCCCACCUUCUCGGUGAGGAACUCUACAAGUUACUCGGGGAAUACCUUUCACGUCAUCUGAAUGACGUGUAUCAAGAAUCACAAAGCCAUGCCGAAGAAGCUCUGCUAGCAUUCUAUAUCCGCGAGUGGGAUCGCUACACCACCGGUGCCAAAUACGUCAACCAUCUCUUCCGCUAUCUCAAUCGCCACUGGGUGAAACGUGAGAUUGACGAAGGGAAGAAGAACGUGUAUGACGUGUACACUCUGCACCUGGUUAAGUGGAAAGAUGACUUUUUCGAGAAAGUUCACGAAAGGGUCAUGGACGCGGUCCUGAACUUGAUUGAGAAGCAGCGAAAUGGGGAGACUAUCGAACAGUCACAAAUAAAGAGCAUUGUUGACUCGUUUGUGUCGCUGGGCUUGGAUGAGAAUGACAGCACCAAGUCCACGCUCGAGGUCUACCGGCAAUACUUCCAGCGCCCGUUCAUCUCUGCUACCAAGGUCUAUUAUGAGCACGAGUCCCGCCAGUUUGUUGCAGAGAACAGCGUGGUGGAAUACAUGAAGAAGGCAGAGGCUCGUCUGGAUGAAGAGAAGGCUCGCGUGGGUCUCUACCUUCACCCCGAUGUUACCAAACCCCUCACCGAGACAUGUCUGGAUGUCCUUGUGACAGCCCACUCGACUCUGCUUCGUGAUGAGUUCCAGGUGCUCUUGGACAAUGAACGUCAGGAGGAUCUUGCCCGGAUGUACCGACUUCUGUCGCGGAUUAAGGAUGGCUUGGACCCCCUCCGCGCAACCUUUGAAAGCCAUGUGCGGAAAGCAGGCUUGGCAGCUGUCGAGAAGGUCGCCUCGGAAGGAGAGAACUUCGAGCCUAAGUUGUACGUGGAUGCUCUGCUGCAGGUCCACACGCGGUAUCAGAGCUUGGUCGAUGAUGCCUUCAACGGCGAGUCUGAGUUUGUGCGGUCUCUGGACAAUGCCUGUCGGGAAUUCGUCAACCGUAACCGCAUUUGCAAGUCGAGUUCGACCAAAUCACCCGAGCUCUUGGCCCGCUAUACCGAUUCGUUGCUGAAGAAGGGAGCCAAAUCUGCUGAGGAGUCAGAGCUUGAAGAAAUGCUGGUGCAGAUCAUGGUUGUCUUCAAAUACAUUGAGGACAAAGACGUCUUCCAGAAAUUUUACUCCAAAAUGCUAGCCAAGCGGCUGGUGCAUGUCAACUCAGUAUCUGACGAUGCUGAGACCAGUAUGAUCAGCAAGCUGAAAGAAGCCUGUGGGUUUGAAUACACCAACAAGCUGCAGCGCAUGUUCCAGGACAUCCAAAUCUCCAAGGAUCUGAAUGCCAACUACAAGGACUGGCAAGACAAAGUCCUGGAUGAUGACGACCAAAAGAAAAUGGUUGAUGCGCACUUUCAGAUUCUGGGAACCGGCUUUUGGCCACUUAACCCUCCCAGCACUGCCUUCCUGGCGCCGCCGGAGAUUGUCAAGACUGCUGAGCGAUUCCAGAAGUUUUACUUCGACAAGCACAACGGCCGCAAGCUGACAUGGCUGUGGCAGCUAUGCAAGGGUGAGAUCAAGGCCAACUACAUCAAGAACGCCAGCAAGGUACCCUACACGUUCCAAGUCUCGACCUUCCAGAUGGGAAUUCUGUUGCUCUUUAAUGAAACCGACAAGAUGCCCUACUCGGACAUCCAAAGCGCCACCACUCUCGCUCCCGAAAUCCUUGACCCCAACCUUAGCAUCUUGUUGAAGGCCAAGGUGCUCACGGCUGAGCCUGAGGGCGCCAAACCCGAACCCUCCACCACCUUUCACCUCAACUACAACUUCAAAAACAAGAAAAUUAAGGUCAACCUCAACAUCCAGAUCAAGUCUGAGCAAAAGGUCGAGGUGGAUGAUACGCACAAGACGAUAGAGGAAGACCGGAAGCUGUUGCUCCAGUCGGCCAUCGUCCGCAUCAUGAAGUCUCGCAAGAAGAUGAGGCACGUCCAGCUUGUGCAGGAAGUUAUCCAGCAGGUCAAAUCGCGCUUCCCGCCGAAGAUCCCGGACAUCAAGAAGAAUAUCGAAGCCCUCAUGGAGAAGGAUUAUAUCGAGCGUAUGGACGGAGAUGAGAUCUCCUACAUCGCCUGA